GCUGGGUAUCAAACCGGUGACCCAGAUGGAGUGGCCACCAGGACUGAUUUGUCUAGACUUUCUUUGACUGGAUUGCUCCCACCCUGGUGUGGUGCUCCAGGUUGCCAGCAUGACCUACAUGUUGCAGAAAGAAGCAGUUCUAGAAACAGAUGUCACAUGGGGACACCAGGGCCCCAGGAUGUGUCAGGUCGUCAGGGAGACACACAGCUGGAAACUGGACCUGCACUAAGAACACCUGGAGCUCCUUCCAGCUCAGAGGAUGAUUCCCUGGGUGAAGCAACACCUUUCCAGCCCAGGUGCAGAGAGUGAGCUGGCAAAGACAGACUCAGAUCCUGCUGCUGGCACCAUGAGCCAAGACAACCACACUCUUCACCCAGAGAACAACUUUCUUAAAGAUGUCAUCGAGUAUGUCCUGUGCACGGUGAGCAGGGAGGAACUGCAGUCCCUGCUUAAUGAAGCUAAUGUCUGGGAGACAUUUGUGACUGAGGCUCAUUUGUCCAGGGAUGAGGCUGAAGCACUACGUGAAGAGCUGAAGAAGUUGAAAAACACCAAGGUCAUAAGUGAUGAAGACAUGCACCAGAAGGAGCAGGAGUGUAAGAAGAAGUUUUUGCAACUAUUCCCUUUGGUGAAGGUGCAACUUGAGGAGCACAUAGCCCAGCUCCGUGAACUUGCAGACAGGGCUGACAAGGUUCACAGAGACUGCACCAUCUCCAGCGCGGUGGCCCACUCCACCGGCAUACUCUCUGGCAUCCUAACCAUCCUUGGCCUGGGCGUGCUAUCCUUUACUACUGGGGCCAGUCUGGCAUUGACAGUAACCGGGCUGGGACUGGGAGCAGCGGCUGCUGUCACCAGGGUGACCACCACCAUCGUGGAACAUAUAAGCAAGUCGUCUGUAGAAGCUGAAGCCAAUCACCUGGAAUCAGCUGACUUUGAUAUAGUGCAACUGGCCAGGGACAUUCUAAAUAACUCAUCCCAGUUUGGUUUCUUAAGAAACAGUUUUAUGGCUGCAUACCGCAUUGCAAAAUAUAUUCAGUCCAUCAAGAUGACCCGAAUCAACCCCGGGAUAGCAGCUGAAAUCUUGGUCCAAAGCGGCAGGCUGGUGGAGAGUGCAGCGGGGACCACUAGUGUAGUAAUGAGCGAAGGAACCCGGUUGUUUAGUGGGGCCACUGCAGGUUUCUUCCUUCUGAUGGAUGUGCUCAGUCUUAUGCAAGAGUCGAAGAACUUGCAACAAGGGGUAAAGACGGAGCUGUCUGAGAAGCUGAUGCAGCAGGCCCAGGAACUGGAGAUGAUGUUGGAAAAGCUCAACCACAUCUACAAGAGUGUGCAGUAGGGCCUGACCCCACCUCCCCCGGGGCAGAGAGCAAAGACGUGUGUGGGACACAGAGUGGAGCUACCUUGUUAGAGGAACAAAGAGGGCGAGACGAAGGUUAUGGUCCUGGGAGUUAAGGCUGGGAACUAAGACAAGACAAUUCUAGAUUUUGUUCUGUAGGCAAAAAAUAGUUUCUGCCUCUGCCCUGUCAGUGCCACCUCAGAGGUUGGAGUCAUCAGAACAGUGGCUGGUUCACUGUGAAGAACCCUGAGGUGAGAAACCAACGAAGUGUCAAAAGUGUCCACAGAUGGCUCCCCUCUUUCCCAAAUUCCUCAUGGUGUUUGUGAACCGCAGGAAGUGAGAGAACUGCCUGGUUGCACCCUCAUGUCUACAGGGGUACUUUAGGAUAAGGUCCUUCCAUCUUGUCAAAUACAAAGAACUCUGACUGAAUUGGCUCUGUGAGAUCAGGUGAUUCCUUUGUAGUUAAGUGUUGUGUUUCUCCUUUAUCACUUCACUAAAUUUGUUAGAGAAACCAACAUCCUUUAGUUAACUGAAAAUGUUAGAAAUCAGGUAGAUGUCUUCUUUCCUUUGUCAAGAAAAAAUAAUCAUGUAUUCUAUCUGUGCAUCUAACUUACCAUAUAAAAUAUGGCCAAACACUCUAGGGAUGGAAACCAGUCUCUUAGAGAAGUCUGAUAUUGUUCUCCUGGUCCUGGUUAUCAGUUUGACUCUGAAUA